AUGGAGUCCCGUGGAAACCCUGCUCCGAACGUCAGCGGACUUAGUGCUUAUCCGUCAAAAGGGGGAUUCAUACCUUUGGGUACUUUGGAUCCAACGACCAUAGGCCAAUUACAACCCCAUCUAGCGAGGAGACAGGACCAGCCCCGCACGCCACCGCCUCUUGUGAGGACCUUUCCUGGCCAGGACCAGCCCCGUCAGGACCAGCCCCGUCGUCCCCUGGCGCCCGUUUUAGGGAGGGCAACGCCUGACAUCUUGGAUAUCCUGGGCCCUGCACCCAAGCAUCCUCCAGCGCCUGAGCAUGUCAUUGUCCUGGACUCGCCGUCUAGUCCAGACCCUUCGCCACCCAGCUCUCCGGUGAACACGCCGCCGAAGAAGGAACUGGCCCCUUCCCCUCCAGUUUCAUCAUCGAGGACCAUCUGCAGCGACCGGAGGAUCUCCCCCAGCGCCACUAGCACCAUCGCCCUCAGAGCCACCAGCACCAUCACCCUAUUCAACGUCAUCUCCUUCAUAUUCAUCUUCAAGCUUGAGCUUGAUGACGGCAAGCGUUGGUACUUCACCAGCCCCUUCACCGCCUCUGAGGUCUCCGUCGCCAGAUGUGAUGCUUGA